CUUUGCUCUGUAGCUCGGCCGGCCCUUAGUAAGUCUUCUCACGUGUCAGUUCGGCGCUAUCGGCGCGAACUUCGCUCAUCAACCAUGCAGCUUGGCAUGAUGAGUCACUCGGCAUCGAGUUAACGUAUUCGACUCUUUCGACCGACCGUAUUUAGUCCACUUCUCCCAUCACCUAGCAGCCUCAGUUAAUCUCAAAUUAUCAACCUCGCAUUGCUUUUCAAGAUUCACACCAACUACUACAAUGUCCGAAGAGGCUUUCAACUUCCCAACUCAUCCAAUUGCCAAUGUCAGGGCGAAACUGAUACCCUUCUCAGUAGACCACCAUGCCGAAGAAUUCUUCAUCCAGACCGCCCCUCACCCCGAACUCUACGCGCACAUGCCCUUUGGCCCCUUCUCCAGCAAAGCUGAGUUCAUCUUUGCCCUGACCACCCAAACCAGAAACUGGUUCACCUACGCCAUAGUCGACAAAACCCGCCCCCCAACAGCCAUAGACAACGAAGGCCAACUCGCGGGCGUCAUCGCCUUCCUGGACACAUCCCCCACCCACCUCUCAACAGAGAUCGGGUUCGUCGUCAUCUUCCCGGCCUUUCAUCGCACUCACGUCACCACCAACGCUGUCGGGCUCAUGUUGCAGUUCGCCUUGGGUGAUGGCGGCAUGGGUCUGCGCAGGGUCCAGUGGAAGGCGAGCGCCGCCAACGCGGCAUCAAUCCGUGUCGCGGAACGCAUGGGGUUCCGUCGCGAGGGUCUGCUCAGGUGGCAUUUUGUCUUGCGCGAUCAGCCGGGUGCGAGGGUAAAAGUUGGGAAUGGGCAGCCGCUGCCGCCGGUAAGUCCCGAGACGCUGGUUGGGAGGGAUACGGUCGUGUUGGGGUUGUGUUGGGAUGAUUGGGAGCAGGCGGCGAGAGAGAUAGUGGAGGCUGCGAUGGCAAGGACUAAGUGAGAGAUGCCGUGGUUGGUGGAAAAUGAAUGGGGGAAUGGGCCCAAAAGUCCAAAGAUGAACCGAAUCGAGACUCUAUCUUGCCAUUCGCAUGUUCCCAUUCGCCUUUUCGGUGACACCCUGCCUUUUCCCGGCGAAGCUCUGCCAAGCCGCUCCUGCCUAAGG